AUGGCAUGGGCGCUCGGCGUGGAGCAGAUGGAUGAGGUGGUGGAACGGAUUCACGGCCUCCUGGGACUGAUGCACGGCCCGCCCCAGGGCCUGAUCAACCGGGUACGGACUUGGGCAAUUGGUGCAUUGGCCGGGUAUCAACCCAAGACGACCCACGAACCGGUGUCCAGAAUUACGGCACCUACCGCCUCCAGGUUUUCGACCGGAACACCACCGCGCUGCACUGGCAGACCCACAAAGUCGGCGCAGCACUACCGGGCAAGCGGAGGCUUGCAGCAGGAGCGGAUGCCCGUAGCGGUAGCCUUGGGAGGUGACCCGGCCACCAUCUGGACCGGCUCUGCUCCCAUUCCUCCCGACAUGGACGAAAUGGCGGUAGCCGGAUUCAUUCGAGAAGAGGCGGUCGAGUUGGUCAAAGCCAAGACCUGCGACCUGCUGGUGCCGGCCCACGCCGAAAUCGUGCUCGAAGGUUAUGUAAUCCCCGGAGACGAACGCCCGGAGGGCCCUUUCGGAGACCACACGGGAUAUUAUUCGGCGGCGGAGCCCUACCCGGUGUUCCACGUUACCGCCAUCACCACCGCCGGGACCCCAUAUACCCCACGAUAA